ACUUUUUCGUUUUUUGCCCACAACUGACUGAUAAGUGAUAACGACAAUGACAUUUGACUGGGAUUGUUGAAUAUUGUUGAGUUGAAGGGUCGAUAUUUUUAUCAAGCUCAUGACAGUUUUUUCCUCUUCAAAAUUUUUACUUUUUGAAUACUUAUAAGGUUAAAAAUGGAAGACAACAUUAAAACCUGUUGUAGAAUAUGUUUGGACGUCGAAUCGAAACAUGUAUUCAUUUUUGAAGAUCCUGUUGUUAUCUUUCAUAUAAAAUCGUGCUUAUCAAUUAACGUAAGCUCUAACGAUGACCUUCCUAAGGAUAUCUGCGUGGUUUGCGUUAAGCAGUUAUGCGACUUUUACAAUUUCCAGCAAAAUGCACGAUGUUCACAAGACUGGCUAGAAUCUUCAUUUCACAAAACGAAGAAAUCAUCGGAAGUUAAAACUUAUGUACAACCAUUACCUGAUUCUGAAUACAAUUCGGAUUCACUAUUAGAGUUUCUAAAUAAUACAGCAAACAUAGAGGAAUAUUUGAACAACUUAGGUAAAGAAGACAUACCUUCCAUAGUAAGUUUGCUUGACAAAACAAGUGAUCACAACAUAGAGUUAACAAAAACAAUUAAUAAAGUUACCAAACAGGCUAGUCCAAAGAAAAGGGAAUCACCAAAAACAAAAAAAUGUAUUAAAAUGGACAUAGAUGUUUUAGAUUCUGAUGUAGAGUUAGUAAAAGGAAUACUUUUUAAAGAGACGGAGCCUAAAUCUAAAAUUAAUCAUGUAAAAAAUGAUAAAACCACAUGCUUUGGCUGCAAAUCUAAAUUUGAUAAUAUACAAAAACUAUCACAACAUUUGAGUAUCUGUGAAAGUGCAUCUAGAACAUGCAUACAUUGCAAUACACAAUUUGAAUCAAAGAAAAAAAUGAAAAAACACUCAAUUAUUCACGGAAUAUUAGCACAGAUGAUUUGCAACUGCGGUAAACAAUUUACUAACAAAGAAUUACUUUUAAAACAUUACAACAAUUGCCAAGCUGACCAAGUGUCUAUGCUAGGUUUGUGUCACCGCUGUAAACAGUGCGGAAUAAUGUGUAAAGACAGAUUUGAGCUCUACAAACAUGUGAAGCAACAUUUAAUCAAAUCUACAGAAAAGGUUUGUGAUAUAUGUGGCCAUACAUUUAUUGGUAAUGAUAGAUUAGCUAAACAUAAGAAAGAGGAUCAUGAAAAACUUGAAAACUUAUUGUAUAGAUGUAAGAUUUGCAGUAAAACAUCAGGAAACCAUAAGGAAAUGUACAUGCAUGUACAAAAUCAUACAAAACAAGUAGCAAGCCGUCACUUGUGUGAGUCUUGUGGGCAUAGUUUUGCAACAAAAGCCACAUUACUGCGGCACUCCUUGCAACAUGCUGCACAAACUGAACAUCAAUGCCCAUUCUGCUCUGAAAAGUUUCCCGAUGCAAUAUCUAUGUAUGAACAUCGGUUAAAACAUAGUGAAAUUGUUAUAUGCGAUAAAUGUGGCCAGAAAAUAGAUAGACAAAAAUUAGAAUCUCAUAUGUGUAUUUGAAUAUAAUCUACAGAUAUCAAUAAAAAUGUAGUCUGGAAUAUCGAAAAAAAAAACAUUUCCUACAAAUCAUGAAUUUGCGUAGCUGAUAAGGAAAAAAACCUUUGUUUAAUUUUUUCCUGUCUGUAUGUCUGUCUGUAAGGCCGCAUUUGUUCCUGGUAAUCUUUUCAAGGACUCGAUCAAUUUUAACGGGAUUUUAACGGUAAUUAAAUAAUAGGUCUGUAGUUUACAAAUUUUA